CAUGGGCCUCACCCGCCAGUAUCUGCGGUACGGGCCGGCCGCGCUCUUCGGGCUGGUGGGCAGCGCUAAGGGUAAUGCGGCCUUUGUGGCGCUACGCGGGGAGCGGGGCCGCUGCGUGGCCGCGGCCUGCGAGCACGUCUUCGUGUGGGACACGCGGAAGGGAGAGAAGGUUCUUAUCCUUAAGGGUCUUAAGCAUGAGGUCAGUUGUCUCUGCCCCUCUCCAGAUGGGUUGCACUUGGCUGUUGGGUAUGAAGAUGGAUCCAUCCGUGUCUUCAGCCUCCUAAGUGGAGAAGUGAAUAUCACUUUCAAUGGACACAAGGCUGCAGUUACAGCCAUGCAGUAUGACCAUCUGGGUGGCCGGCUGGUAUCUGGCUCAAAGGAUACAGAUGUCAUUGUGUGGGAUGUCAUCAAUGAGAGCGGUCUGUACCGGCUGAGAGGACACAAAGAUGCUGUCACUCAAGUCCUUCUCUUGAAGGAGAAGAACCUGCUGGUCACCAGCGGCAAAGACACAUUGGUGAAAUGGUGGGAUCUGGACACCCAGCACUGCUUCAAAACUCUGGUUGGACACCGUACUGAGGUCUGGGGGAUGGCUUUGGUAUCCGAACAGAAGCGUCUGGUCACUGGGAGUGCGGACAGUGAGCUGAGGGUGUGGGAUAUCACAUACAUCCAGGAGGUAAAAGACCCUGAUGAGCCAGAAUCCAAGAAAAGCAAAGGGUCUUCACCUGGAACAGAAGAAAACACUGAAGAGGAUGAGACCCUAGAGCUGGAUGAGCAUCCUGAGGAACGCCUCGUAAAGUGCAGCAAAGUUGGAUCCAUCAUGCGGGAAGGGAGAGACCGAGUAGUAACGCUUGCCACAGACCGAACGGGCAAGAUUUUGGCCUGCCAUGGAACAGGUGCUGUUCUGGAAGUGUUCUCUGUCCUUUCUGAAGAGGAAAUCCAGAAGAAAUUAGAAAAGAAAAUGAAGAAAGCAAAGAAAAAAGCCAAACAGAACUCUGAAGAGGAGCCUGAAAAGAGUGUGGAGCUGAGCCUGCAGGAGGAGAUUCGACGGGUGACUAACAUCAGAGCUUCUUCUAAAAUCAAGUCAUUUGACUUGUUUCUCUCUCCAAAAGGAGAGCUGAAGAUCGUUCUGCUGCUCCAGAACAACAUCAUUGAGUCAUACAACCUGAACCUGUCAGCACAAGUCCCACAGGCUGUCCGUGCAUCCAAGAUAACUAUUGGAGGCCACCGCAGUGAUGUCAGGACGUUGGCUUUCAGCUCUGACAACAUUGCCAUUCUCUCUGCAGCUGCAGAGUCUGUAAAGGUUUGGAACAGAGCGACCUUGCAGUGCAUCCGGACGAUGGAGUGUGAGUACGCACUCUGCUCGCUCUUCGUCCCAGGAGAUCGGCAGGUCAUUGUUGGCACCAAGACAGGGAAGCUGCAGCUGUAUGACCUGGCUUCUGGGAGUCUGAUGGAGACACUUGAUGUUCACAACGGGGCGGUGUGGUCCAUUGCUCUUUCACCAGACCAGCGUGGCUUUGUGACAGGAGGUGCUGAUAAGUGUGUCAAGUUCUGGGAGUUUGAGCUUGUGAAGGAUGAGAGCAGCAUUCAGAAAAGGCUUUCCAUGAAACAUGUGCGUGUUUUACAGCUGGAUGAAGAUGUCCUCUGUGUGAGGUACAGCCCUAACCAGAAGCUGCUGGCUGUUUCCUUGCUGGAUUGCACUGUGAAAGUUUUCUAUGUUGACACACUCAAGUUUUUCCUUUCUCUGUAUGGACACAAGCUGCCAGUGCUGUGUAUGGACAUCUCCUAUGAUGGGACUCUCAUUGCAACCGGCUCCGCUGACAGGAAUGUGAAGAUUUGGGGCUUGGAUUUUGGGGACUGUCACCGUUCUCUGUUUGCUCAUGAUGACAGUGUGAUGUAUCUGCAGUUUGUGGCGAAAUCCCAUCUCUUCUUCACAGCUGGGAAGGACAGCAAGAUUAAGCAGUGGGAUGCCGAUAAAUUUGAGCACAUCCAGACACUGGAGGGGCAUCACCAGGAGGUUUGGUGUUUGGCACUCAGUCCCAAUGGAGACUACGUGGUGUCGGCAUCCCAUGACAAGUCCCUGCGCCUCUGGGAAAGGACAAGGGAGCCACUUGUUUUGGAAGAGGAGAGGGAGAUGGAACGAGAAGCUGAAUAUGAAGAGAGUGUGGCAAAGGAAGAGCAGCCUGUGGUGGCUGGAGAGACACAAGGAGAGACGGGGCUGGCAGGAAAGAAGACCAUUGAAACAAUCAAAGCGGCUGAGCGGAUCAUGGAAGCUAUUGAGCUGUAUAGAGAAGAGAUGGCAAAACUGAAGGAGCACAAGGCCAGAAAGAGGUAAAAGACUGAGGAAUGUGCCAGUCCCAAGGGUGUUCCCUUUCCCGUCAAUCCCAUCCUCCGUGCCUAUGGAAAUAUUACACCUUCCGCAUACGUGUUAGAAGUUUUCAAGAAGGUCAGGUCAAGUGAGCUGGAAGAGUCUCUCCUGGUGCUGCCCUUCUCCUAUGUUCCUGACCUGCUCAGACUGUUCAAUGAAUAUAUUCACCUGGGCUCAGAAAUUGAACUCCUGUGCCGAGCUCUCCUCUUCCUGCUCAAGAUACAUUUUGGGCAGAUCACAGGCAACCACAUGCUGGUGACAGUAAUAGAAAACCUGAAGAAAACCACCAUCUCCAGAGUCAGUGAGGCCCGGGAUGUGCUGGGAUUCAACAUGGCAGGACUCCAGUACCUGAAGAGAGAGAUUGAGGCCAAGGAUGAGGUGACAUUUUUUGCUGAUGCUACUGACCGUUUUGAGGAGAAGAAGAGGAAGAGGAAGAAGAAAGAGAAGAUGAUUCUUGCAGUGCUUUAG